AUGCUGAUAUCGAAAGCAUCAUUCAUUUGUAGAUCAUUUCAAAUCAAUGCAACCCGUGCUUAUAGGUCGUCUAAAGAAUUGGUGGAAAGUGGCGAGUCAGCUAUAACUCUUUCUCCCGAUGGAGCAGUUGUCGUUUGUUGGCAUCCAGUCAGAAAAGUUCCUUAUGAGUGUACUAAACCUAUUUCACAUAACAUUAAAUCGCUACGUACUCCAACUUCUCCUCUAAAAAUCAAUGUACCCGAUACAAUUAUCAAAAAUUCUGCAGAGCCUACUGUAGUAGAACUUUCAAAAGCUUUCGGUGUUCCAUGGUUUCAUUUUCGACCUAGGAGAAGUCAAAAAUCUCGUUCACCUUACUUUUGGGCUCCACUUAAAGAACGAAAUAACUUGUAA